UAGCAAUAGCAUAAGUUGUUGUUAUUGACGAAAAUGAAAAAAAUGAAAAUGAAAAAAAAGAAAAAAGAAGGUGGGAAGGCAGCAUAUGAGUCAUCACACUCGAUAGGCAUCUACCAGCGAGCGAUGGCAGAGUCAGAAGCAGCAGUAGCACCACCCACCCUUCCGAACCCUAACCACCACCCGCCUGAAUCUCCACCUCCGCCACCGCCGCCAGCUCCGAAUCCGAUAGCGAGCUGCAUCUCCUCCAAAAUCAAAAGGCCUUCGGUCCGAGUGACGUCGGAGUUCGACAGCGACUCGGCGGUGUUCUUCCACAAGGUGUCAUGCAAGGUGUUGGACAGUCUGGCCAAGCUGAAGCUCUCCUUCAGCAACGACCACAAGGGCGACCUCUCUCCGCCUCACCUCUCCUUCAUCUCUCGCUACCUCUCCCUCCACUACAACUUUGAAGAUCAGUCCACUCUCCUCAACAGCUCCAUCGAUGUUGGUCCCCGUGUGCAGUUCCGUGCUUCCCAUGAUCUCAAGGCCCAACAAGGCGAGGUCUCAAUGGUUACCCAGCUCGCUGACCCUGGCUAUGCUCUUCAGCUCUCUUCUCAUUUCCCUUCUGCUGGCUUUCCUAAAGCUACCCUUAAAUUCCCCCUUGGUGAAGUUACUUUGGAGGAAAAAGAAGAGGAGGAGGCGAACAAAAUAUUAUCUGUGGAUGGCAUUGUUAAAGCCCAACUUUUGAACGGCCUCUGCACUGCUCGCUAUGUACAUGACGAUUUGAAGUUACGAUACUCAUUCAAGGAUGAGGAGAUGUCUUUUAUCCCAUCUAUUUCUCUGCCUUCAAAUGCAUUGUCAUUUGCUUUUAAGCGUCGGUUUGGUCCUUCAGACAAGUUGAGUUACUGGUACAAUUUUGAUUCCGACUACUGGAGUGCGGUUUACAAGCAUACAUAUGGCAAGGACCUAAAACUUAAAGCUGGUUAUGAUUCAGAGGUGCGCCUCGGCUGGGCAUCUCUUUGGGUUGGGGAUGAAGCUGGCAAAGCAAAGACAGCUCCAUUGAAGAUGAAGGUUCAAUUCAUGCUCCAAGUACCGCAAGAUGACAUUAGAUCAUCAGCCUUGAUGUUCCGGGUUAAAAAGAGAUGGGACAUAUAGUCUCGUUGUUGUAAAAUUAUUGAUGGUGUUCCUUUCUUCCCUUUAAUAUAUAUACAUACAUUAAACUCUGGUUCUAUUUCACACAGUAUAGAUGUGAUACAUCUGCUAUUCUAACUAUGCGUAUUGCUGUGUAACGGGUUCAAUUGUUUCAUAUUUAUCAGUUAAGAGUAAAUUG